AUGAGUCUUUCUCUUGCCUUUCCCAUCACAGGUAGCGGCAGGAGCAGAAGAGCGUCCACAAACGUAAACACGACGGUGAACAUAAUAAUAACGAGACACGCGUCUCUCUUUUGUUGCAGCAAAAAGAAUUCCCUGGUCCUGCGCACCCAGCUGUCCGUCCGGGUUCACACCAUCAUCGAGAAGCUGGUUACCUCCGAGGGACGUGAGCUGCGCCGUGCCCUCUUUUCGCUCAAGCAGAUAUUCCAGGAGGACAAGGACCUGGUGCACGAGUUCGUCCAGAAUGAAGGCCUGUCUUGCCUCGUCCAGGUCGGCUCUACCGCGGACCAGAAGUACCAGAAUUACAUUCUUCGAGCCCUGGGCCAGGUGAUGCUGUACGUGGACGGCAUGAACGGCGUGAUGGGCCACCCCGCCACGCUCCAGUGGCUGUACUCGCUCAUCGCCAGCCGCUUCCGGCUCGUGGUCAAGACGGCCCUCAAGCUGCUGCUCGUCUUCAUCGAGUACACGGACGCCAACAGCCUGCUGCUCAUCCGGGCCGUGCACGCCGUGGACGCGGCAGACGGUCUGACGCCGUGGUCGCGCAUCCUGCGCCUGCUCAUGGACUACGACGCGGCCGACACGGAGCUGCUCAUCUACGCCAUGACGCUAGUCAACAAGACGCUGGCCGGCGUGCCCGACCAGGACACGUACUACGACCAGGUGGACAUGCUGGAGGAGCAGGGCAUCGAGGGCGUCAUCAGCAGGUACAUGUCGCGCCAGGGCACGGACCUGGACCUCCUGCGCCAGCUGCAGAUCUACGAGGGCGUGCUGCAGUUCGAGGACGGCGGCGACCGCGGCAUGCCCCAGCCCCUCCGACAGCUCGACGACAAUCUCAGAAAAACGUUACGAAAUCGCAAAUCGCUGACCUCCGACCUGGGCAUGGGCGUGGACAGGCGUCGCUCGCGGCGUCACUCCACGGGCACCGUGCCGCCGCACCUGCGCCUGGCGGGCCCAGGGAGCGGCCCCGGCGGCGGCCCGGGUGGCGUGGAUGGAGGUCGGCGAGAGGACGGCGAGGACUCCAGCAGCUCGCAGUCGUCGCAGGCCAUGGACUCGAUGCACCUCAACGGCAACUACAAGGAGUCGGGAGGCCUCGCAGUACAGGACGUCGGGGUCACGCCCGCCCUGCGGCGCCGCCGGGAGCGCGCCGAGCGCCAGCGCUGCUUCCAGCGCGAGCAGGCCGAGUACGGCGUCGGCGGCCGCCCCGUCCAGGGCGCGAGUUCCGACCCGGGGCCCGUCAGCCCGCCUCUGCUGGUGCAGCAGACGCCUCCGCCGCCACCACCGCCGCCACCCUUGCCCCCGGCGCCGCAGCCCCUGCUCGGCCUCAACCUGGACCUCCACCACCUCUCCGUGCCGGAAGAGGGACUGACCCCGGGGCUGGCGCAGCGCCUCGCCAACGGCACCUCCGGCAUGCUGUGCUCCAGCCCGAUCCUGGGCGUGGACUCUAACCUGCUCCGCGCCGCGGACCGCACCCCGCUCCUCAACGCCGUCAACCGCAUGGACUCGAGGCACGACAACUCGUGGGCCUAUGCCGCGGCGCCCGCGCACGCCGGACCGGACGACAACGGCGUCCUGGACGACAGCCUGGCCCGUCGGGAGAACACCGUCAAGGAUCUCACUCAAAAAUUGGCCAGUCAGAACAUUCUCCAGAGUCCUGUCGACGAGAACAAGUCAUUCAUCAACGACAUGUCGGGGAUGGCGGGCAUCAUCUCCAAGGCCAAGGAGGGCCUGGCCAAAAGCAAAUCCAAGCAGGACGUGACCCCGCAGGCGCCGCCCCCGCCGCCGUCUGCCCCGGCGCCCAAAAUCAAGUCUGAGACGGAGCUGCAUUGGGAGGAGCUCGUGUCGAACCUCAGCCGAACGCUCGAGUUGUGCGACCUGGACUUCACCGAUCUGCAUAGCGACGACGAGGAGGACGUCCUCUGCCCCGCCGGCACCGCCAACGGCGUCCCCAUGCCCCCGCCGCCCCCCGUCGCCAUGAACCUGCUCGGGGACGCGCCGCCCCCGCCGCCCCCCACCAACGGCCGGGCCUCCAUCAACGGGCCCACCGUCCUCGGCCCCCCGGUGUUCGGCGUCAGCCUGCAGAUGCGCGGCAAACUGGGCACCAGCGCCACUGACGGGGGCAGCAAUGUGCCGCCCCCGCCGCCCCCACCACCAAAGAAGAGCAAGAAGACCGUCAAGUUGUUCUGGAAAGAGGUCCGGAUCGACCCCGCGGCUCAGGUCAGAACGCAGUGCGCGCCCAUGAUCUGGGAUGAGCUGCGACCCGUGGAAGUGGACACGCAGAAACUGGAGCACUUGUUCGAGUCGCGUGCCAAGGAUCUCAUCUCAAAG